AUCAAGAAGACAAGUUGUCUUUAGAACUCCACAUCUCAUUCUGCUGAGUCUGUUUUUCUCGUCUCUUUACUUUUGAUGGAAUUUACUCAAUAAUUCUAAUUGAACUGAUAGCAAUGAACGCAAGUUCAAUCUAGAAGCAGUCAUCUGCCCCGCGGAGACGUCUACGUAUCUUUGUUAAGCUUCGCGAAAGUGAUUCGAAUUGAAUCUAAUAACAAUAGUUCACAGCAAAAUUUUAAUAAUGCAAAUCAAGUGCAUAUCAGUUUCCUAUAUUUUGUGUUUAACUUUUGUGGGAACCUAUGGAUCGGAAAAUGCACCCACCAAUGACUUCCCUGCGUCAUUUAAGUUUGGAGUUGCUACAGCUGCUUUUCAAAUUGAAGGUGGAUGGAAGGAGGAUGGCAAAGGACCAAGCAUUUGGGAUGUAGGAACUCACGAACACCCCAACUCUGUUGUGGAUGGCACCAACGCCGAUAUUGCUGAUGAUUCUUAUCACCAAAUUGAUCGUGACAUUGAAAUGCUGAGAGAUCUUGGGGUGAAUUUUUAUAGAUUUUCGAUAGCCUGGACUCGAAUAAUGCCAAAUGGAGACAGGUCGUCAUUGAACCGGUUUGGCAUUCAAUACUAUAACACAUUAAUUGAUAAACUGGUUGCAAAUUCAAUCGAGCCAAUGGUCACAAUGUACCACUAUGACCUACCAUACGAACUUCAAAAGAUUGGUGGCUUAACUAAUCCGCUUUUUCCACAAUACUUCGAAAGCUACGCGAACGUCCUAUAUUCAAAUUUUGGGGAUAGGGUUAAAUUGUGGAUAACAUUCAAUGAACCAUCGGACUACUGCGUACCCGGUUAUGGUGCAGGGAGUGAGCCACCUUUCGUAAAUGCAACUGGAAUCGGCGAAUAUCUCUGUAUGCAUCACUCAAUCAUAGCGCAUGCCCGAGCUUUUCAUCUCUAUAAAAGAGAUUACUUCAAACAACAGGGUGGGAAAAUUGGAAUCGUUUCCAGCAGCCGUUUCUACUUCUCCCGGACUAAUGACACUGGCAUAGUAAAUAGAGCCCUGCAAUUCAACCUGGGGUGGACAAUGCAUCCAAUCUUCAGUAAGUCCGGUAACUACCCUGAAGUUAUGAUACGUGACAUUGCCAGUAAUAGCCAAAUGGAAGGACGGGAAUGGUCUCGGUUACCGGAAUUCGAUGAGUUCUCGAUAGCUUACAUCAGAGGAGCCGCUGACUUCUUAGGUCUUAAUUAUUACACUUCGAGAUACGUUCAAUUGGGUCCUCAUGCCGAGACGAAAAAUCCAUCAUGGGAAAAGGAUGCACGACUGAACUGUUCCGUAGAUCCAUCAUGGAAAAGAGCGAAAACUCCCUGGUUGUAUAAUGUACCAGAAGGUCUAGGUGGCUUGUUAAGAUGGAUAAAGGAGGAAUAUAAUAACGUUGAGGUCAUUAUUACUGAGAAUGGCUGGUCAGAUGAUGGUCGACUUAAUGACCAAGGACGGGUUGACUCACUUAAGGAACACUUACGCUACGUAUCCCAAGCUAUCAAAAAGCAUGGUUGUAAUGUUAUAGCAUAUUCACAUUGGAGUUUGAUGGACAAUUUUGAGUGGCUCAAAGGAUAUUCAGAGAGGUUUGGUCUUUAUUAUGUCAAUAUAUCUAGCCCCGAAAGAACACGGGUUCCAAAAAAGUCUUCAGACGUCUACAAAAGGAUAAUUGCAACGAGGAAGCUUGAUUGAAGUUAAUUUCAAAUACCGUUUAUGUAUAGGUACAAUCUAAUAUAGUUUUAAUAAAAUUUAAAGUGUAAAAUUCCGA